GACUGGCUCUCUGUAUCAGCUUGAUCAUUCUCCAGGGAUCCUGCGCUGCGACUGCUCCACACCACAGUUGAUGACUGCUAGCAUCGAGACUAUCUGAACAACUUAAUGCAAAGCCUCCAGGCAAAAGAAGGCAACUGUUAGAACAACGUAUUCAUUUACUUAGAACAACAAGGUCAUGGAGAUCCAUCCGUCUGCUGUGAUUCUGCUGCUGGUCUUGGCUGCUUCUUUCACUGUUUAUGGUCAACCAGAUGAUAUAAAGCCCCGUUAUCAAAAAUUCCUCAAUCAACAUUUGGGUCCUCAUGUGAGCGCGCAAGCUUGUGACAAAGAAAUCAGAAAGAGAGACAUCACUGCCUCUGGAACUGCAAAUGCCUGCAAAGAAGUCAAUACAUUCAUACAAGCAAAUAAAAAUGAUAUUAAAGCAGUUUGUGGCAGAGGAGGAACUCCAAAGGGCAAUAAUCUGUUUAAGAGCAAUCAGCCUUUUCCUUUGGUCACGUGUAAAUUACAAAGUGGGCAGAGACACCCAAAUUGUAAAUAUAGAGGGAAGAAGUCCACACGUUACAUUGUUUUGGGGUGUGAUCGAGAAUGGCCUGUACAUUAUGAUGAGGGCAUAAUUAAUGUAUAGACGAUAGGCUGAAUAGAGCCUGACAAAACUUUACAAUAUUUUGCUAAUCAUUUGUUCACCUCUUCUUUUCUGUCUUUUUCUGUAAAAAAAAAGUGCAGUGGCUUUUAACUUUUUUUUUUUUUUUUUUUCUUCACAUGUGCUGUAAAUUUGGCAACCACUGCUUGAUACAGUCCAAUGUCUACCAGUGAAGCACAGCUGUGAACAUGAACACAGUGGCAAUAGAUUUAUAACAUUGCAUUUUUGUUGUGCUUUAAAAAGCCAAAUUACAAUCUCCAAUUAUAUUUGAGCAAUAUGUUUCUCAAAAAAAAGUCCACCUGAAGUUCAUAUAAAAUUGACCUGUCUGUCAUUAUGAGACUCUGUAGGAUGGAGAAUACUGCCUCACAUAUUGUGGUGCACCAGUCCGUUUUUACAUUCAUUAAGCAUACUAUUAAAAAUACAUUUACAUUUUUUUUCUUUAAUUUAACUUUAAUUAUAUAUUCUUUACAAUCUCUCUGAGAUCUUUACUUCUUCAUGCACAUCUCUGUGUGUAAUAGUGCCUGUCAUGUGCAUGAUUCAGCAAGUCUAGCAAAAUUUUAGUAGUGAAUGUGCAAAAACAGAUGAGGAUAAUAAAGAUGAAGAUGUUGUCCACCUGUCUCUAAUCUUCAAAUAAAACUUCUUUACUACUCA